AUGCAGAAGGUUGUGAAGAAUGGCAGCAACAUCAAAGUGUGGGAUCAACACUGGAUUCCUAACUUUAUUGGCAGAGAAGUUGAGAAUUUGCCAGGAAGGGAUAGAGGGAUUGAAAAUAUUAGAGAUCUAAUGAACUCAAAUGGGAGCUGCUGGGAUGAACUCAAAAUCAGGAGAACCUUUUCUCCCCCAUUCUGUCAAGCAAUCCUCAACAUCAACUCUAUAGACCCCAACCAAAGGAUGAAUGGGCCUGGGAUCUCCAUAAGAAAGGCAUGUUCUCAGUUCACUCCACCUAUUCCCAUUUCAUCACAGAGAAGUUUCUAA